AUGGCUAUGUUAAUCGACUUGCCUGCUGAGAUUCUCCAUCACGUUUGCAAGCAACUUUCAGGUUCGACUGAUGUAUGCAAUUUCCGCCUUGUUUGCCGUGCGUUUGGCGACAUCGGUCUGUUCAGUUUAGCCCCGACCAUUUCGUUUACACUUUCAAGACGAGGCCUUGCCCGACUGCGCGAUAUUUGCUCACACCCAGUUCUGAGGCACUAUGUAUAUAGCAUCGUCUUUUUGACAGAGGUGUUGAGGCCAUACAGCGAUUUUGAGUCGUGGAGACAAAAAUCAGAUUGGGGCACUGACUUGGAUUUUGACGAAAACGAAGGUGACCUCGACGAUGGGCGAGAGGUUUUCGAUGCAACGAUUUUCGAUCGAUGGUCGGUUUACGAAUCAUUACUUGCAAGCCAGGAGCAAGUCUUCAGCGGCUUGCAGUCCCCGCGAAUAAGAACGCUGUUUCAGUCCUUGCCCAAUCUUACGCAUUUGAGGUUUAAAUGUUCUGACACUCCAAAUGGCCUGAUUCACGACACUGAACCGAAAGUUGUCAAGGAGCAAGAUGUGGUCGGGUGGCGGGGUAACCCAGAUUAUCCUUUUCCUGGUAGAUCUCCGUGUAUUGGCCUUGCCGGGACUAAGCCGCUGAGGUUACUAUCGCACGCCCUGCAACCACAACUCACGAGCCUUGAGGUCGACAGAUUGGACCUUGACUUUUUCUAUGGCGAAGAGUCCGAAUUAGACGCCAUCUGCCAACUCCAGAAUAUUCGACUUGGAUUGAUAUAUACUGACCCCGAAACUGGGUGGUUUGUGGACAAGCCCAGCGUGGUCAAGGCCAAGCUGACCUUGUCCAAAAGCCGAUUCAAGGCAUUCUUCGGGCUAUACGUGGCCCGGGCUCGAAAAGCUACAGUUAUCGAGUAUUCAGAUCACCUCGACACACUUCUUAGCUCUCCUAUAUUCUCACAAACGGACCCUUAA